AGGAGUUGCAGGACGAGGAUUUGCAGAAUGAGGAUUUGCAGAGUGAGGAGGUGCUGAAUGAGCAGUUGCAUUAUUCUCAGCAUACUGUUUCUUUGGAUUCCAGCUCUGAAGUUUGCCGCGCUUCAUCUCCGGACGCUCCGUCGGAUUGUCUUGGGAAGGCUGGGCAGGAAGAUCUUAAGGUGUGGAAGGAGGUGGAGGAGUCUCCUGAUGUGGUGCAGCCUCGAGAUGUGCUGCAGUCUUCGGAGGGUGUGCUGCAGUCGAUACUGGUUUCUGUCUCUAUUGACCCUGCGGUUCUGAAUGAAGAUUGGCAGGACAUUCUUAAUAAGGUGAUUGACGAUGAGGUCGCGCAUGUUCAGUCUGAUGCUGCGGUUGACUGGAGCUCUUCAGUAACUAUCAACAACAACAAAAACUCGGAAGUGGUUUCUGUUUCUGUUGAUCCAGGUGUUCUGAAAGAGGAGUUGCAUGAUGAGGAGUUGCAGGGUGAGGAGUUGCAGAAUGAGGAGUUGCGGAAUGAACAGUUGCAUUUUUCUCAUUAUAAAGAUUCUAUGACUUCACACCCUGGGAGUUCCACGACUGGGAGUUUAUCUAAUGCAGUUGUGAGUUCAGCAGUGACGGAGGACGAGUGUCAAGCUGCCAGGGACUGGGCCCUUGCCGGUGUCGAUGUCAGUGCUCUUUGGCGUGAGCUACACCGACUCCCGAGGCAGGAGCUUCAGCGUAGGACUGAGGCUCUUCAUGCACACAGGCUGCAAAUGGGAAUUGAAAGUUCCGAGGAGGAUGAUUCGCAACAAGGGGGUCCUCAGAGUUCUACUUCCAGGAGUGCAUUGACGCGGAGCGGCAAGAAGCAUCGGAAACGGCACAGAUGAUGCACAUGUGAUUGAUCCUGCACGCUUGAUUUGUCAUUGCGUUGCCUUUCUUCAUGCCUGUGUGUUGUCGUGCAUGCGCGUG